AUGUUGAUAUGUACAGUAGUAGCAGAUUUUCCUCACAUAUCACAUAAAAUCGAAGAGAAGCGCGGCUGGAACAGAAUCCAAAGGUCAUAUUUUUUUAUUUUUUGUUAGUGAGAACAAGGCGAAAGGAUCUUUUGAKCGACCAACCAGCACAUCGAGCUCUCGGACUCUGUACAAGCUGCAAGAAGAGAACAAUAGGUGGAAAGAAGGAGGAAACUAUGCGAGCACUGGCGAGAGGAGCGGUACCGCUGGUGCUAUGSCGUUGCUGGCCAUUUCUAGCGAUGGUUUCCGUACUAAUCUUGCCGUUGCAGCAACCGGCCAUGGCAGUCGUGAGUGGGGACGAAUACAACGAGAACACGAAUGCAAACAUGAAUWCACAGGAGUCGCGCGGCACARAGGGAAUAAGUAGUGACGACGUCGACGAUGCCGAAAUCGAGAAAAUGCUGGACGAAUUGGGUUGGAAGGGACAGGUCGGUCAGAUGGUGCAGAUGGACAUUAGCUUGCUUCUUACCACGGAUGAUACCCAGGAAAUUCGGUUCGACCAAGUCCUCCUGGACAAAUGGAUCGGCGAGUACGGAGUGGGCAGCGUCCUSAACAACCACUAUCCGUGGACAGCGGYCGAGUACCGAAACGAGGUCAUCCGGCUGCAGCAGACMGCCAAGGGUUCCAGGCGCCCGCCCGUCAUCUGGGGCCUGGAUUCCGUUCACGGGGCUAAUUACGUAAGGGACGCCCUCGUGACSCCACAGCCGAUCAACYUGGCGGCCUCCUUCAACACAAGUMUUUCCUUUGCYGCCGGGGCGCUGGCCUCGAGGGACACGCGGCGUGCGGGGAUCCCGUGGCUGUUUUCGCCCCUYUUKGGGCUGAGCUGGAAUCCCUUCUGGUCGAGGGUCUACGAAACCUUUGGGGAGGACCCCCUUCUGGUGGGGGACAUGGCCGAGAGCAUGACCAGGGGGAUCCAGGCUCUUGAUGCCUCUACGAACAGCUCUCUUUUGCCCUCUCGAGCGGCGGCCUGUGCCAAGCACUUUGUGGGGUAUUCGUAUCCCCACAACGGGCACGAUCGAGCUCCCUCCCGGAUUCCCAUGCGCCACCUCUAUCAGUAUUUUUUGCUUCCCUGGAGGAAGGCACUGCUGGAGCUGGGCGAUGGUUCGAACGCGAGGUCAAAUUCUAAAAAYAACCACGGGAGCAGGCCCAUGACGGUCAUGGAAUCCUACACGGAAAUCGACGGAGUCCCGAACGUUGCCAACCGCCGGACGCUGGACAGGAUCCUGCGCAAGGAACUCGGAUUUGGAGACGGGAUGCUCGUCACGGACUACAACGAGAUUACCAAUCUCGAGCGGUGGCACCACGUGGCCUCCGAUGGGGACGAGGCCUUGUGGAGGGCCAUGGCGGACGGGACCAUCGACAUGUCCAUGAUCGGGAACCUCGACGACGUCMGAGCGUUUUUCGAGGGGAUGGAGCGCCUGUCSGCAAAGGGGGAYGAGAAACUCGCCCACCGGGUGAGGGAGAGUGCCCGCCGGGUUUUGAAGCUGAAGAAGGAUCUUGGCAUGUUCUYGGAGAGCUUUCGGUUGCAGCCGCUGGAGGAAGAAGACACCGGGGGUGAAUUCCGGCCUUCCGAAUCCGACGUYGAAGCGGUGUUGGACAUGACGCGGCAGUCCRUCAUCCUGGCCAAGAACGAAAACAAUGCGCUGCCAUUGCUCAAACAGGGGAUGGAUACGGCGAACCAGCCACUGAAGAUACUCGUCACGGGGCCYACUAGCGAUUCUCUGUCGUUCCAGACCGGUGGAUGGACGGGAGAAUGGCARGGGGUMAACUCCAACWACGAGGGAGAAUGGUUUUCCUAYGGAGGAUACAAAACGGUCCUCGGGGCUCUGCGAGACGAGGCGGGCAGCUUCGACACCRAGCACGAGUGCGGUGUCGAUAUUAUGGGGAACGAUUGCAGCAACGGAAGCCCUGUCGCACCGGGCGAAACGGAAGACGAAGACGAAAAUCCACUCUCGAACCUGCUGGACGUGGUCAAGGGCUGGAUCCAUUUCGGYGGUUCGUCGUCGGCGUCCUCUGCUUCGUCGGAUCCGCUGGAUGCAAUUGUUGUUUGCUUGGGGGAGGAAAACUAUGCCGAAAAACCSGGGGACAUUGAAGAUCUGAGGCUGCCGCAGGGCCAAUACGAUUUGGUGAAGGCUCUGAAGGAAGUGAUCGACUCACAGCACCAAGAAGGAGGAGGAGCGACAAGGAAAACAAAAAUCAUCCUGGUGUAUUUUGGGGGCAGACCCCGCCUGUUGGCGGACGUGGUGAGUGCGCUGCUUGCCAGCUGUCGCUGACAUGGUCUUCGGCUUGCUUUCGGUGYCUCGCUUUUCCCGUGAUGCUAACCCUGUUGG